AGGUGCUGGAGCUAAGGAAAAUGGUCAGUAACAACGAGCCAGGGCUUGGUAGGCACAGCAUGUUAUAAGUGAGUCAUGUGGGUUGUUAAAAUAAUGGCUGUGAAAUAUUUGUACUGGUAAUAUGUUCGCCGGUUGACAUAGGAAGUUACAUCAGACUGACUGAUGCAGCAUAUGGGCAGGACGUGGAAUGCAUCUAAGCUACCCUGAAGUGGCUUGAAAGGCAGUUGGGACUGAAAAUCAAGAAACAUUUCAGCACUGGUGGCGUGCAGAGCUCUUUGUGUGUGGUCAUUUGUACAUUUGUCACAAUGUACUGCCUGCAGUGGUUGCUACCAGUCCUUCUGAUUCCCAAACCGCUCAACCCAGCACUGUGGUUCAGCCACUCCAUGUUUAUGGGGUUCUACCUGUUGAGCUUUCUUUUGGAGCGGAAGCCUUGUACUAUUUGUGCUUUGGUUUUUCUGGCAGCCUUAUUUCUGAUUUGUUACAGCUGUUGGGGAAACUGCUUUCUUUAUCACUGCAAUGACUCUCCCUUGCCAGAAAUGGCACACAAUCCCAGCAUUGUUGGUACCUAGGACUCCUGUUAUGGUCGAAUGACCCCGAUCAUUUCUGCUUGUGGUGUAGCAGAGAACAUUUUGUGUAGCCUGCAAUGCACUGGACUUUACAGAACUGGAAAUUCGGUACAUUUAAGGAGUACUACACAGUGUCUGUGCUACUGCUGAAGAUCAAAUGCAGUUUCUACCACUUGAUCUGAGCAUCUCUUGGCUGUUUAAAGUAUUUGCCAGUUUGCUUGGCUUGUUUUUAAAUGUGUGUAUUGUUUUCUUGAAUAGAAAAAUUUGUAGCCAAUUGUUAUUGACAUUUCAAGAAAGUGGAGGUGAUUAGGAUGAGGCUUGAAACAUUGCUGAACACUGAAGGUAUUAGUUGUCAUUCACAACGUAUCAUUACUGUUUUUUUUUUUUUUUUCCUUUAAACAUUGUCCAAUUGAUAGUAUUAGAAGAGGGGUGCAGGAUGUGAAUUGGCGGACAGUCUUCCCUCAUUCUCUUUUGUACUGUUAAAACAAAUGGUAUUCUGUAACUCCUCCCACUUGUUUUUGUCUUUACUUCACUUGUGCUUCCUAAUGACACCCCCCCCCCCCUUUUAUUGCCUUUGUCAGCCCUAGCCAUCAGGUUGACAGACCAUAACCAUGCUGUAAUUUCUGUUGGUGGUCUUUUUCAGUGAUUACAUUUUUAUAGACAAGGUCAGAGUCUUUAUUCAGUAAAUAGUCUUUAAGUGAUGGCUGUUGAAAUCCAUUAUAUUUUGUGAGAAGGGAGCAGAGCCAUAAGUAAUAGAAAUGGAUUGGUUAUGUCCUAAAAAGCAUCAAAGUAUUUGCCCAAGUACAUAAGAAAGCUGAUGUAGAAAAGCAGUGGGAAAUGUGUAGUGCUGAACUGAAGAAAUGCUACAUUUUCUUUUGCUCCUCGGUUGGCACCCUAUACUUUCACUUUUUUCUUUGUGAAGGUUUUGUCUACAUGUAAAAUUUUAGCCAGUGUUAAUAUCAGCCUCAGCUUUGCUACUGAAGUUGUAGCAAAAGCAGUUCAGAUUUCUUUUCAUGGGAUUGUAAGUUUUGACUUUUAGAAAUAAAUUCUGCAUUACGUUCAUUAAAUUAAAUUCUGGUAUCCUUUUUAGGCUGCUGUUUCUUAAUUUGUGUUGCUGUGUAAGUUGUGGCUUGGUUAUUUAAAUACCUGUUCUCUUUAAAAGAAAUGUGUAUAGGAACCACACACCCUUUGUAAGAGGAUGGUGUAGUAUUUGCAGAAGUUAAUAAAGUUGAACAUGCAGUUUGUAGUUGAAGCAUUUAUCGGGAGGUAUUGUAAUCUGUUAAUAUCCUGUUUUAGGUACAAGAACCCAAGUUCUUUUGCACAUGGAAGUUGGAAGAAGUCAAAAUGAGCUCCAGGCAUUUAGUGUAAUUUUGUCUUGACAACACUAAAACACAAUGUCUGAGUUAUGCCACAGGUAGUGGUAGUGUGACUGGAUUAAACAUGUAAGCAUGUUUAUUUUACUUGGGAAGAGUUGCAGUAUACCAUUAUACGUUCAUAGGCGAUCAGCCUGCCGACCAUUACAAGCCUAGCCAAACCUCCAUUCAAAAGUUCCUGCCAGUCUCAAGGAGGGCAAGACAAGAGGCCAGGGAGAAUUUAAGGCAGAUCAUCCAGUUAUCUGGGUUUACCUUUGAGGGUGGCAAGGAUUCUAUUGUGGACAUGAGUAAGCUUGUUCCAAAGGUGUGGGAUCUGUUGGGAUGUGACUCUGUCUUGUGUGCAUCUUACGUUUUUGAAGGUUUAGUUCUUUAACUGGUUAUUUUAAGGUAACUUUUGUUAUAUGAAGAAAUAGGACAAAGAGGAUUGGAUCUUUCUUGGCUCAAAAGACUAUAGACGGAUCUCCACAGAGGAGUCCAAAUGAGAGGGCUGAUGCUACUUGUCUUUUUUUGUUAUGAAUAUCUGAGGUCUCAAAUGUUUAUACAAAUGCAUGCAAAAGGUGCAUUAUAUUCAAUAAUGGGUCUGAUGAGGUACAAGUAAAGGGGAAUUAAAACAACUUUGGAUCUUGUGGAGAUGCCUUUGGAACUUUGAGUCAAAUGGAAGGCUUUCAGAAUUAUUGUGGAGACCUAGUCCGACAAUGAGGAAUUAUCAAUGAGUGUCGAUCCUUUACAACAGUGUCUUGAUUGGAGGGAUGUGUCACCUGUUUGGCAUAUGAAAAUGUUUGUUUACUAAAAUGAACUAUGCUAAGUUUUUCAUGUUUAAUUUGAAACCAUUGUCUUUUUGUAUCGGUUGUCAACAUGGUCUAACUCCUGUUGGAGCAGUUAAGUUGAAGAUUGAAUAUUAACAUCCAAUUUGGUCAUCUGUAGACUUGGAUAACCAUAGACAAUGAAUGUUGGUCUGAAAGUCGAGAGCCCAGCAGUGAUCCCUGUAUUACACCAGUGUUAACUUUUGAUAUCGGAAGUGGCACCUGUAACUCUAAUCACGUGUUUGGUCAGCUAUUCAGAGCAUGGCACACAGAUUUAUAAUCGGAUUUACAAGUCUGUCAAUAAUACUUGUAUGAAGAAUAUUGUCAAAGGCCUUGGCCAGGUCCAGAUAUACUGUUAUGUACCACAUAAGUUCUAUCCACUGCUUUGGUUACGCUAAAAUAAAUCUAAUUCACUUGAAUUGGUGAGGGUCUAUGGUUGAGAUUUUUAAUGCCCAGAUCGAGAUCUAAAAUAUGCUCCAUAGCUCUACAUAUGAGCCUAGUGAGACUAAUAGGUCUAUGAUUGCCAUCGCUGGGCCACUCUUGUGUCAUGGCAUUACAGUGGCUAUUUCCCAGGAUUUGGUAAUGUAAUGUAUUUGGUGGAGCAAACAGGGAUUCGGAUAGGCCAUGUUUGGCACUUAGCAGUAUUAUGAUAGAGAAGCUCUGAAUAUAUUUUUGGGCAUUGGUUCUUAACUUUGACAUAGUUAAAGAUUUGUAGGUCUUGUCUUUAGUGGCUAAAGUUCAUACUCUGCUCUCAGCUUCUUAACGGUUUCCUUAAUCUCUUUACUAGUUUGCUUUAGACUGCUUUCUUUUUCAGAUUAUUUUAACUUCUGUGAUUUGAUUCCCUGUUUUGUGUCUUGUGCGUAUUUUUGUUUUAAUAAAUUAUGUUUUGAACAGCUGCUAGUAAAUGGCUUUUUGAUUUGGUUGCCAUACUCAAGCAGUUGAUAGCAUUAUCUCUUUUGUGGCAAGUAAAAUAAAAGGUUUCUUUUCAUUAUGAAGUAUUCUAGCUACAUGUUUUUGGAAGCGGAGAGGCAGUGACAUCGGAAUGAUUGUUUCAGUAGUUUCAAAUACUUUCAGAAUCACAUUCUUCCAGUUACACUGCAGUACUUUUCAAAAUUGAAGUCCAGUCGUUUUUUUUAGCUUCUGUUAGCUGCCAGAAGUUGGAAGACCUUCAUUGAGAGCUGUAUGCAUAGAUGUUACUAAAAGCAAUUUGAGUUGUUAAAAAAAUAACUGGAAAAAAAUCUUAAUUCCAGACAUGUAAAAAAACAGGAAUUGUAAUUCAAGGGCUAAAAAGCAAACCAAAAUGAGACUAGAAUGUUUUUUUGUUUGUUUUUGAUUUUCUUGACUGUAAUUAUGGCAUAAUAUGAUGUAGUAAUAAUAAAGAAAACACAUUGUUA